CCGGAAAUCCAUCAGCUCACAAACAAUACAAAUAAUACCUUUACCAUAUUUUUAUGACACAAUAUAUCACACUGAUAUACUACGAAAUAGUAUUCCGUGCAUUGUACAUCCGUAGCAUUCAAUUUUCGUACGUCUUGACUGUUUUUAAAUAAUAUUAAGUUGUCUUUAAGUUAUAUACUGUCUCGAGCAAUAUUUCUAUUGCGGGCUCAAAUAUCCCGCAGUCUGUAUUUUUGCAAGUUGUAACUUGCCUACGUCGUUGAUCAUGCUGUUUAUUUACAAUAAUUGGAGAGGAACUUACUAGUUACUUGUUUUCAGUAUUAUUAUUAUUAUUAUUAUUGUUGUUGUUGUUUUCGUGUGUGAACCGUGAGUGCGCUUCGUUCGUGACCGAGGACCGCGUCUGCGACGACGCACUAACGACAUAUCAUCAUCGCACUUGCAUUGUGACGGCCGCCGCUCGGGGUUAAUCAGAACUGCGCGGGCACUGACGCACUGCAAUUUCAACAACCAUUGGGGUCUUGUGCUUCGAUUUUUGUCUGUGAAACAUUUCUUUCAGAGGAACGCAAUAGGGCAGACUCUCGGAAUACAUACUCUAUUGAUCGUCCGGACGGCGUAAUUUUUGUUGUUGCGUGAUCUGUCUGAAUGGAAAUUUGAAGAUCAAAAAUCGGUACGAUGACGACCAACCCUCUGAAACGACAACGCGAACCCGACGACGAGAACGUUGUCGCCGCUGCCGACUCAUCCGCCGAAACCGCUACUACCACAAUCCUGGACUUGCCGACCGAAUUGAUUGAGUAUAUUUGCUGUUGCGACUCAUUGAAAUUGAUUGACGUCUUUAACCUUGCUGUUUCACAUUCCAAACUCAACAAUUGCUUGUUCCAUGAACGAAACUCUUGCCUCUGGAAAUCCAAAUUCAUACAAAAGUACGGUCCCUUAGACAAUGAUGAAUAUGAAGUUGUUAUUGAUGAACAAAAUACUUGGAAGGAUGAGAUCAUGUUGCGUAUGAGUUUGGAUAAAGCUGUACCUGCUGAAAUUGUACAGAUGCCAUGCCGGUACAUGAAGUUUAAAAAUGUACCAUAUCAUAUGUAUCCAUUUAGUCAAUAUUUGAACUCAGAAAAUGAAGGGCAUAGAUAUUAUAUUCUAUCAGCCAUUGCAGCUUACUACAAACAACUUCAGAGUAACGAAUGUCGUAAUGAAAAUUAUGAUUUAUUGUACAUGGCACAUCAAUUUCUCAUUUACUCAUGCCAAGUCUAUUUUGGUUACAAGUUAAGUCAUUUCUUAAGUUUACCACCAGCAGAACAAAUUGUUGAACGAGGAUUUUACUUACUUGGACGUUGGUGGUGUCCUACCGUUAACAUACCAUAUCGCGAUAUAAACAAAAGUUUGAACAAAAUAGCUAUUGAUGUGUGCAAUCGCAUUCGUUCAGCUAACUCAGCUCAUCCACUAUUUGAGUUUGAAGACUGUUUGAAACAAGUGGUUGAACGUGGAAAAUUCAAUCUUGAUCAUGAUUUAUUUGAUGAAACCAGCACAAUGUUUAUACUUGACAACAUAAGACAAAUCAUAUUUUCUGAAGAUCAACUGGUUUGUUAUUGUAACCAUGACUUAAAUUGCUUUUUGUUGCAGCAGGUUAUUGAUCGGAGAAAAGGUUCUGUAUUUUUGUUGUGUGUGAUAUUUGAAUCAGUUGCUAGACGAUUAGGAGUAAAGGUUCGUUUAACUGCAACAUCUGUUCACAAUUUUGUAUCUUGGUCUUCUUCAUGGCCGGGAAACAAACGCAAAAAUCCUACAUGCUACUUGGUAGAUAUUGCUGGUGGUGGUAUCAUGCGUAAAGCUACAGUUUGUCCAGUCUCAAGAAAAUUGCCUGAACAUUAUAAUGGAAAUUCUAUACUUGAUUUGUUUUGGACAUUUAGUAAAACUGUGGAGCAACUCACUAUUGAAAAUAUGGCUACAUAUAAAUAUGUAUUGGAUUUCCAAAAACUCUUAAAACCUGAUGAUUCUGAAGUUGAAUUUAAAUGUCAAAAAUUUCAUCAGUAUUAUGACUAUUGUCGUUGUCCCUUGCUCAGAAAUCCAUCUAAUCCCUAUGCUCCAAACCAUGUAGAUGAGAAGAACAUAAUGUACACAGAUUGGGAAGAAAUUUUUCCCUUAGUACCUAAAAAGCGUGGUGAGAUUCAUGAUCCAAAAUAUUCAAUUGGCAUGAUGAUUGAUACCAUUGCAAUGGGUAAUAGCUCUUGUUCAAGUAUAGUGACUAAACGUGGUGUUGUUGUUGGCUGGACAAGAGUUCCCAGUAAUAACCCAUUUCCAAAUCCAACUGUGUACCAUGUGCUCAUCAGACCUGAUCAUUAUUUCAGUACAGCUAAAUAUCAAAACCCUGUUAUCAAAGCGAUAUGGGAAGGCAGAUAUGAAAAAUUGCAAAGACAACUGAAACCAUACGAUUACAAUUUCAAGAACAUUGGCAAGUUUUUCACUCAUUACAGUCAUGAGUUGUGCGCUUUUGUGCCCAUUAAUGAUUUGGCACAACUUUAUCCUGAUGAUCUAUCGUACACUAUCAGUAAAUCAUUGAACAUUGACUGCAAGAUUAAACAGUUCACAGGUCCACAUGUUGUUCCUAAGUAUUAAUGUUUUUUUUUUUUUUAUGUAUAAAUAAUUUAUUUUGUUUUGUUGUUCUCAUUCAAACAAAACCUAAAUUAUAAAUUUUAAAUAUAUACCUAGCUAUUAGUAAAUAAAAACCUUUUUUGGUGGAGAAAUGUUAUAGGACUGUAAUAUGCACUACAACCUUGUUUGUCAUUCACAUACUAUUUAUUCUCUAUUAUCGGUGUUGCUUUACUGUGUAAACUUAACGCAUGAAAAUGACAACAAUAUCCUACCCCAGUCCUGAAGACUUAUAAUUUAUAAGUAAUAAAUGUUUUAUUUUAUCCUAACUGAAAAUUAUGACUAA